AUGAAACCCCGAAAAGACUCGGCAUCCCUGACGACCCAACUCCCGCACCCGACACCUCACCACCGGAUCCUCAUCGACAAGUCCAACGAGAUCGCGUUUACCGAAGAACCCCGGUCGAGGUCGAUCUCGUUUGGGUUCAGAGGGUGGACUGACAGGGCUAAAGGACAAGCGGGAGGCGGUGGGAGGGAGAAGGACGAUUGGAUGGACUUGAAUUCGACGGGGAAACGCGGGUGGAGGGAUGUCUUGAGGACCGUCCCAUCCCGCCUAACACCUACCCAUCUCCUCCUCGCAGCCCUCCUCCUAACAUCCUACUACCUCGGCCGAAUAACAGCCUCGCCAUCAUCCCGACUACCAGGCCCGAUAACGAAAUUCACAGUUCCUCCUUCCCUCUUCGUCCCUCCCGUACCAUACCCCCCUUCUUCCUUUCCCGACUCUUCCACAAUAAUACAUCAGAAUCGAAAUCGAAAUCCCAAUCAGAGAGUACCCAACAUCGUGCACUACGUCUAUUCCCUCAAACCGACCCCUCGCCAAAAGUCACAACCGGGGGGGAUCCGGGUGGAUGAAGAAGGGUACUUUGAGAUGGGACAGGGGGAGGAGGGGGAAGAGUUCCCUUAUUACGCUUAUUUGGCGGUGAGGAGCGUGAUCGUGAAUCUGAAGCCGGACGCGAUUUAUUUUCACCACUUUAACACCCCCACCGGACCGUGGUUCGACCUCCUCCGUCCGCACCUUACUCUGGUACCGGCGAGGGUACCUACAAAGAUAUUCGGAAACGAGUUGAGGCAUUUCGCCCAUCGGUCCGAUAUCAUCAGGCUGGACGCCUUACUGCAUAUGGGCGGGAUCUACCUGGACAUCGAUACCUACGUUAUUCGACCGUUUGACGAAUUCCUGGGAUACCCGGUCACGCUCGGGAUGGAGGCUGCGACGGAUAGCAGGAGACAAAAGUUGGAUCCCGAGGGAUUAUGCAACGGAAUCAUCGUCGCCGAACCGCACGCUUCGUUCUUGGAACGUUGGAGGUCGAGCUACGAAGAUUUCCGGCCAGACGAGUGGGCUCAACACUCGGUCGCUCGACCUUGGGAGAUUGCACGGAGAUACCCCAACGAGCUAAACGUACUGGAUACGAGAGCGUUCUUCUGGCCCGGUUGGUGGGGUGAGGAAGUCCAGAUGGUGCACGAGACGGAUGAUUACGAUUUCCACAAGUCCGGGCAGUAUGCGUACCAUGCCUGGGAAUCGCUGGCGAUGAAGUAUCUGGAAAAGCUCGACCCGGUAUCGAUCAAGACGAGCGGGACGAGUUUCAACAAGAUGGUCCGCUCGUUCGUUGGACCUACUGACGAGGCGGUUUAUGCCGAAUGGAAACGGGCCAAGCUGCGCUAGAGGUCCCCAGGACUCGACGAGUCAGAGUGUAUCAUAUCAACAUCGUCUUACCGUAUCAGAUCCGGGGGGAACGUGGUCUCCCUGAGCUUGUCCUGCACUUGCGCUAGAGCUA